GUCCGGGGAAGAGAGGCAUUUCUAUUUUUCGCAAACUCUCGAAACUGUCUCCCAAAUUGCUGACUUUCUUCUCCCGUCUCGUCUGGAGCAACCGAGAGAAGGCGCGACUCUUCGUCUCCUCGUUGAGUGGAACUUGAGUUUUGCGGGAGUUUCUUUCGACGACUCGUUUAUUCCAAAACGACGCCGUCGCCUUUUUAGUUUAUCUUCGACUUCAGGUCGGUUUUUUCUCGCCGUUUGUCGCAGCUCGUGUCUGUUUCUUCGACGCUUUCUUCCCCAAGCCUUCCGCUGGUAAAAUAAACCUACCUCUCGUCACCCCUCCACCUCCUUGCUUCCCCCACUGUUCCCUCUCUUUUAUCCUUUUUUUCUUCUUCUUCCUUUCUCCUCCUUCGUCGUCUUUUUCUCCUCUUUUUGUUUUUUUCACCUUCGGUCUCUCGCCUUUCCAGUCCGUCGCUGCAGCAUCGUGUCGUCCGGCGAUAUUUCGCAGAGUUUCACCUUUUUGCGUCCGUUUUUCGCUCUCCGCGAUGGCGUUCGGAUCCAGUUCUUCGUCUGAGCGGUACCCUUCGCUGGAGGAGGGAGCACGGUCUUUCCAGAAGAAGUUCGAGGACAUGAUUUCUUCCUUGACAAAGAGAACUCUGCCGCUCCAGAGAAAGGCGUUCGAGUGCUGUGUGUCUUGCUUCGACCGCCAUAACGACGACCAUGUGAAAAUCGCAGACUGCAUGACGCGAUGCCACCAACAAGGCGAGGCAAUCAUGCGUUCCCUCCAAAGAGAAACAGAAGUCCUCCAAAGCAAACUCGACAGCUGCCAAAAGACGUGCUACACACGCUUUGCGCAGCCUGACAAAUCUGCAGAUCCAGCCAGCUUCGAAGCAGAACGCGAGAAAUGUUUCACGCAGUGCUUUGCGGAGGUCGAGCCGUUUCUCUCGGAAGUCGCUCAACGCGUCAAUCGCCGAAUCGACGAAGCUUCCCAAUAAAACCUCCCAUGAAAGCGAAACGAAAUUCAUGUUCCUCUGGACCUCCUACAACUGCUAUUUCCACCGCCGAACGCGCAAAAUAAUAUAUAUAUAUAUAUAUAUAUAGAUUUAUAUUUAUAUAUAUAUAUAUAUAUUGAUAUAUAUUUAUGUGCGCAUGAGCAUGUUGAGUCUGGCAGCCCUUUCCUCCUCAGAGCUUGUCCGGUGGGAGUGCGAGAACAGGGACGAAAGCAAAGUUCUGACUGCUCUCGCAACCGCAUGUUCACAUAUACAGACAUAUAUAUAUAUAUAUAUAUAUAUAUAUAUGUAUAUGUAGUUGCAAGCAAGUGCAGUUGCGUGAUGGGUGCAGAAAUACAUAUACAUGUGAAGACGUCCGUGUGUUGGUGAAAGUUCUUUUUCUCGAGCUGACAGCUGGGUGCGUCGCUGUCUCGCUGUCCGGGAGAGUCGGGUGAAGAAGACGCGGCGGGGAUGGAAAAUCCCGCGUUUGUACCUUUUGUCAGAUGCGCUUUUCGC